AAAGCUGCGUGGUAUUGCAAAAUGAAAUGUUCCUGCUUUCACACCAACAGAGUGCUUGACGUAAACGAAAAUCAUAAACGGAUUUUAAUUAUGUUCUACAAGUUUAUGUUAUUUAUCUUUUUAUCACAAAACUGUUAUAUUUUUCAAUAAGAAUGAUAACGGAUGAACGAAAAAUCGAAAAUAAAACAUAAUAUUGUUCAUAUUUGAUGAUAAUAGGAAAAGUAUAGAAAAUUGCAAUUUACGAAAUUGUUUAUUAUGGUAGGUAGUGAGGUCAUAGCAAAAGAAUUGAAUGAUUUUUUCCUUAUUCAUAAUGAGGAAUAGACAUAUUGGACAUGGAUAUAAUUAAUAUAGAAGAUGUGGAAACUGGUGUUCGUCCAUCUAAGAACUCUACUUCGAUACAGUGUAACUGUAUCCACUCAAAUUCAGUGUGCUACAUUGUAGUAACAAUUGCCACCCUGGCACUUUUGGGUGCAAUUGUUUUUAUCUGCAGAGACUAUAUUAAAGUGUUGCUUUAUUGGAUUGAACAUCAGAACAUAUGGAUUGUUACUGUAAUAUUUAUUGCAUUGUUCACAGUGGUCUCAUUCCCUAUUGUAAUCGGAUAUUUAUUCCUUAUCAUUGCUAGUGGUUAUUUAUUUGGCAUAUUAAGAGGCAUUGUCAUGGUAGUUUUGUCUGCCAAUUUAGGAAUAGCUAUAGCACAUGUUACCCUUAGUGCGUUGUCAUCUAAAUUACCUAUUGGAGCUCUUUUACAAAAUGAUACUGCAAGAGCUAUUCUCAGAGUUAUAUCUGGACCACAAGCUUUCAAGGUUGUGUUAUUUGCAAGAUUAACUCCCAUACCUUUCGGUCUACAAAAUACCAUUUUUGCGGUAAGCAAUAUGGGUGGUAUUCGAUACCACAUAGCUAGUGCAUUAGGUUUAUUACCUGCUCAAAUCAUCAAUAUUUACCUGGGCAGUAGUUUAAGAUCUAUGCAAGAUGUCCUUGAAGAUAGAUCAACAGCAGCAACUGGUUACAUUGUUUUCUGUUUCCAAAUUCUAAUAGGUAUUUCACUGAUGGUAUAUGUUGUACAAAAAGCACGUAGGGAACUUCAACUGGCAUUAUUAGAAGCUGAUCUUGCCUCAAUGGCUCAAACCUCUCAUUACCUUCUUGAUACAUUACCAGACUCUAAAAUCGUUCUAACAAAUCUGAUUGCUUAAAAAUUGGAAAUUUUAUUUUUUAAUUAGAUGCCUACAUAUUUCAUAUUUAACACUAUUUUAUUCACUUUGUUAUAGACUAGUUAAUGAAAGAAUGUUUAGUAGAUCGAAGAAAUUCAAUUUACUAUUCAUUAAUAACAGAGUUAUACAUGCAUCUUUUCCACAUAAUAUUACUCUGAAAGUACUGAAUAUUUUGUGAUACAAGCAACAGUAUAAUGAAUAAUUGCUUUAUUAAAUAUACUUCAGUGAGCAUUUUUAGACAAUAACAAGGACAAAUAGAGUAUCAUGUUAAUAUUAAAUUUUUCUAUUUAUUUUUUUUUUCUCGCAAAAAAACAGAUUUUGUGCCAAAUUUUAUUUUUUACAUAUUUGAAAUCCCCAUAUAUUGUUGUCUUCACAUAUUUAGAAAAUUUGAUUGCAUUUACAUCUGUUGAUAUACAAUAAUUUUUAUGUAAUGUUGGCAGCUUUGCGUUUACUUUGGAUAAUAUUUUUGCAUAGUAUAAAAUGUCUUCCAAAACAUGUAUUAAUUUGAAUUUUACAUGAAAGAACAUAUUGAGAAACUGAUUAGAAAGAAAAGAUUAUAGAAGAAAAAUGUACAGUCAAACAAGUAUAUGAAACAUGAAGAUUUUAAAGUAUUAAGAUCAAAAGCAAUAACUUAUUUAAUUCGUACAAGUUGCUUUACGUACUCGUAUAUGUGAUUUGAAGUAUUUAACUUCCGUAAUUUACAUGUAACAUAUAGAAAACUGCAUUUUCCAUGAAAAUAACAGGGAACAUACAAAUAACAUUUAAAUGUUAUAUGACGAAUUAUCAAGUAAAUUUGAUGCGCAUUUUAUUUUUCGAAGACUGACUGUUUAAUAAUUGAAGUUGCAGAUAAAGAUGUUGAUUACAAUUUCCGUCGCCCUUUUAUUAUAUGUAUGGAUGAACAUUACGAUUCUUUUCAAAAUGAAUUUAAACGUCUGCUUUUAAUAUAUACCAUAGUUUUAAUUCAGAUAUCUAUCAGCUACACAGCGUUUGCGAAUGUUUACGAUAGGUAGAUACUCGAACGCGUUAGAUACGUACCCGAGUGUACUUCAUUAAGGGACAAAUGAAGGAAACAAAUAUGUGUAUAUAAUUAUUAAUUUUCAUUGUUCAUGCUUAUCGUAAGUGACCAUGUACAGAAUAAACUUAAACACAAUCAAUUUGCAUGAAUAAAAUGUAAGAACUACAUAUGUUGUACAAAUGUAACAUACAUAAUUAUAUCAAAUAAAAGGAGUUGAAUUCACGUAUUA